CUGCAUUCUAGAAUGUAUGCCCGGAAAAGAAAGCCUCACGAGUAAUAAUAUUUCUAGUUAAGAUCUGCAUUCUAGAAUUUGAAUUUUUGGUUGUUGUAUUAGGAACCGUUAUUGAAGAUUGAAAUUAACCACCCUGCUUUGCUUGCGGGAAACUGGUCUCAGCUUUGCUCCACAUGCAAGGUAAUCAGCUUCCCUUGCCUCGAAGCUUUGUUGUGAUAUGUUUGAUGUUUUACUUUUACCAGAUUGUCUGUCCUCUUCGUGCAAAACACUGUUCCACAUGUGAUCGUUGUGUGGAACAAUUCGAUCAUCAUUGCCCGUGGGUAUCAAAUUGCAUUGGAAAGAAAAACAAAUGGGAUUUUUUCAUCUUUCUUGUUCUUGAGGUGCUGUCUAUGCUAAUAACGGGUUCCGUCUCUCUUACAAGACUCUUGAUAGAUCAUCCUAUGGCCCCAUCUUCUUUUGGUGCAUGGUUAAACCAUGCUGGUACACAGCAUGUUGGCGCCAUAAUGUUUUUAGUUGCACAUUUUUUCCUAUGUUCUGGGGUCACUGUCUUAACAGUGACUCAAGCUUCUCAGCAACCGUGGUUCAGAGAAGUAGGGAAUAAGCGACUUGUUAUUAUUGUUGGAUCUUCUGUUGCAUUCCUCUAGUCCCAUAAUAUUAGGGACUUGUGUAGUUUUUUAUUAAACAAGUAGUCGGUUC